AUGAAUUCUAUUCUCCUGUCUCUUGUAGCAAUAUCGUCAGGCAUUGCUGCUCAUCUGAGCAUUUUUAUCCGAGGAGAAUGGCAUUUGCGCAUCUAUGAGAUCGUUUUUUCGCAUACCGCUCUAUUCUCCGUCAUUUGGUUUCUGACAUCCCCUACCGAGCACACUUAUUUAUUAAGUAAAUAUAUGACAACUUUGGGAAUUUUUGCUUGCUACCUACUUGGUCUUUUUGGGAGCAUUGUAACAUACCGUCUCUUCUUCCAUCAAUUGAAGCAUUUCCCUGGUCCAAGACUCGCAGCUGCCACCAAGUUUUGGCAUCUAUGGCACUCCCGGAAUUCCACAAAUCAUUUGGUUUUACACAAGGUGUAUAAGGAAUAUGGCCCAAUAGUUCGAACUGGCCCAAAUGAACUCUGUAUAUUCCACCCAGCCGGCAUCGAGCUUCUUGAUGGCGCGAAGAAUAACAACAGCAAAGAUCCUUGGUAUGAUCUCUUGCAUCCAAUGACCUCCGUGGUCUUUGAACGGGAUGCCGAAGAAGUUCGAUCACGACGAAAUGCAUGGAACAAAGGUAUUUCUACUAAAGCCGUCAAAGAAUACUCACACCGUAUCAUUCUUCUUGGAAACGACCUUGUUGAUGCAAUUCAAUCUCGAGAUACCAAACCUAUCAAGCUCAAUGAUUUUAUGUCAUGGUUUGCCUUCGAUGUGAUGGGUCUGAUUACUUUUGGAGAAGAUUUCGGCUUCGUUCGAGCACAAAAACAGAGAAUGGAGCUCAUACAUCAGAGAGGAGCUCUAGCUAUGCUAAGCCCUAUGAAUGAUGCUAUCUGGCUGGCUCGAGUUGGUCUCUGCUUCUUCCCGUUUUUGGAAAACGUGAGACACGUAACGAAGACUUUGGACUUUUGUUGGGAAACGAUACAAAAGCGGAUGAAGAAAGAUACCAAAGAGAUAGAUAUCGCGCAAUUUCUCAUCGAGGAAUACAACGACCUAAAAGGUAAAAAGAGCGACAAAGUCAGAUACAAUAUUCUUCUAGGAAGCACACUAUCCGCAGUGACAGCCGGUAGCGAUACUACGCGAGCCGGGCUCAUCGCCAUGAUGUACUACAUCUGCAAAUACCCUUCUACGCAUGGCAAGAUCUACGAUGAGGUGAAAGAUAUCGAUGUAAAAGAUAUGAACCUACUAGCCUCUCUCCCACAUCUCAACGCUACUGUGAAAGAAGUACUUCGAAUUGCCCCCCCAGCAUUGACAGGAGGAGCGAGGAUGACGGGCCCAGACGGUCUUUGGGUUGAUGGUAUUUUUAUUCCGGCUGGGGUGAAAGUUACUGCUACGAAGUAUUCUUCGCAUCGUCUGCCUAAUGCGUUUGUUGAACCCGAUGAGUUUAUUCCAGAGCGUUGGACUACGCAUCCUGAGUUAGUGCUUGACCAGAGAGCAUAUGCUCCAUUCAGCGUCGGUCCCCGUCAAUGCGUCGGAAAAGCCGUUACCCUUCUAGAGUUGCGGUUCGUAACAGCAAUGUUACUAAAGAAGUUUCAUAUCAGCUUUUCCGAAGGCUAUAAUCCCGACGAGUUUUGGGAGAAUCUCAAAGAUCAAGUUACAAUGCAAGCAGGGGAUUUAUUCUGUACUUUUAAACUUCGUAUAUAA